AUGGCAUGUCAGGCAUUUGGUACUGAUUCCUUCACCCAACUGGCAGGAGAUUCACCUUUACCAAUCCUUAUGCACCAUGGCUCCACCAGUGACUGCUUGCCAACCACUUCCCAUGCUUACAGUAUGGUUUCUGCAGUAUCAUCAGGACUGUCCCUGGGUCAGACCUCAAAGAGGUCCCACAUGCACCUGUCCACUUCCUCUCUUGGAAACGCCCUCAGCAAUGCUCCUCAAAGUUUGCAUUAUCCAGUCACCCCCUGCCAUUACAGCAACCAGCAAGCCACUUAUGGCAUGAUGACAGCCCAAGAGAUGCUUUCUGCCAGUAUAUCUCAGACUCGCAUCCUGCAGACCUGUGGCGUCCCUCACCCCAACAUGGUGAGUGGUGCAAACCCAUUACAAGGGUCUCUGACACCUUGCAUAUACAAGUUUCCAGAUCAUGGAUUGAGCAGCAGCUCUUGUGCUUUAAGUCACGGUUUUUCCUCGCUACCGUCUGCCCUCCUCUCAGCUGAUGAGAUCCCUGGGGGCCCCAGUGGAGAGGGGAAAGGUGACGCACAGAGGAAAGGGAUGCGGGAGCAGGAGGAUAGUGUCCCUUUAGAUUCCCCACAGAUACGGGAACUGGAGAUGUUUGCAAAUGACUUUAAAAUACGCAGGAUCAAACUCGGCUACACUCAGACUAAUGUAGGCGAGGCUCUUGCCGCAGUGCACGGCUCCGAGUUCAGCCAGACCACGAUCUGCCGCUUUGAAAAUUUGCAGCUGAGCUUUAAGAAUGCCUGCAAACUCAAGGCCAUUCUGUCAAAAUGGCUCGACGAGGCUGAGCUGGCUGGUGCCUUGUACAAUGAUAAAACAGGAAUGAAUGAGCGGAAGAGGAAAAGGAGAACAACCAUCAGCCUUGGAGCUAAGGAGGCCCUGGAGCGCAGCUUUGUGGAGAAAAGUAAGCCCUCCUCACAGGAGAUAGCCCGGAUAGCCAAAGGGCUCCAUCUGGAGAAGGAGGUGGUCAGAGUAUGGUUCUGCAACAGACGCCAAAGAGAGAAACGUGUCAAAACAAGCCUCAGCCUGAGCUCCUGCUUGACCAAAAUCAGCCCAAACUGCCUCACACAAUUGGGCAAAACACAAAGACCACUCACGUAAAUUAAAGUUCAGUUCAGCUGUCUUCAGAGCAAAAGUGACAAAGGGCUCCUUCAUGACAACCUAACAAAUUGACUAUUCUUCAACAGCUCCAAAAGUAAUAAAUUCACUAGGAGCAGCUACAAAAAAAAAUGCUUCUAAACACAUUCCUUAUGCUUUUUUUUUAUUUUAUUUUAUUUUUUAGCUAAACUAUGAAUAUCAUAAUAUUUAUUAGAUUAAAUAAAGAUUUAAAGUUCGUUGCAAAUAUACCCUUAUCCUUA